AGACCGGUUAGGAUAGCUGUCUGUGUAGUUUGUCUAGUUGUAGAUUUUGAAUCAAUUGUCAGAGAGAUCACCACAAUGCCAGAAAAACUUACAGCUGUAGUAUGUGGCGGUGGAAAUGCUGCCCAUGUUAUGUCCGGUCUCGCAGCAUCUCGCGAGAAUGUUGAUAUACGAGUCUUGGAUACCUUCUCAGAUGAAGCAGAAAGAUGGGCAAAGAUUUUAGAAAAUGAUGAAAUGGUGUUGACUGUUAAUCACCCAGAUGGAACCCAUGGGGAGGUGAAAUCCAAGCCACAUCUUAUCACAAAUGAUGCCAAAAAAGCUUGUGAUGGAGCAUCAAUCAUUAUCUUUGCUGUCCCAGCUUUCGCUCACGAAGGUUACUUUGAAGCAAUCGCACCUUACGUUAAACCAAACACAACCAUAGUGGGUUGCCCUGGACAGCCUGGAUUCGAAUUUCAAUGUUUCCACAUUUUAAAAGAUAUAGCCCCGAAGUGCUGCGUUAUUGCUAUGGAAGGUCUGCCAUGGGCGGCUAGAAUCAGUCAGUUCGGUAAAGCUGUAACUGUCCUCAGUACUAAAGAAUUUCUUGAUGGCGUCAUUAUCCCUGGUUCAAGCAACAUUAAAGAACCUUUCGCUUCAUUUCAAUACCUUCUCGGACCAAAACCAGUAUUAAAAAAUUAUAAAAAUUUCUUGGAGCCAACAUUGAGUACCAAGUCUAUCAUGCAUCCACCAAUAAUGUAUGGGAUAUGGAAUUAUUGGGACGGUAAACCAAUGGAUCAGAAACCAUUAUUCUAUAAUGGUCUUACUGAAGAGGCAGCUGAUCUGAUGUCUGGUAUUUCUGAUGAAUUGAUUGCUACAGCCAAAGCCAUUAAAGCCAAGAAACCUGAUGUAGAUAUCAGUGAGGUUACCCAUAUUUUUGAUUGGUUUAAACUUAUUUAUAAAGAUGAAAUCGCUGACAAAAGCUCUCUUCUAACGUCGUUGAGAACCAAUUCCGCGUAUAAUGGUUUAGUCCAUCCUAUGAAAGAAACGGAAGAUGGCAAGUUCGUUCCUGACUUUAAAUUCCGAUAUUUGUCCGAAGAUGUCCCUUUCGGACUAGUGGUUCUCAAAGGUAUUAGUGAAAUAGCAGGAGUGGAUACACCAAUGAUGGAUAAAGUCUUAGCAUGGUCACAAAAAGUCCUGGGCAAGGAGUAUCUGGUUGGCAAUAAAUUGAGUGGAAAAGACGUAGCAACUUCCAGAGCUCCACAACGCUAUGGAUACAAGACUUUAAAUGACUUUGACGUUCUUUUGUAAAUAAGAUGUUGCUAAUCAAUUAUUCUUCUAACUCGAUUGCGGACACGAACAUAACAGUCCGUCAAUAACUCCAAAAUAUCCAUGUAAGUCGUACGAUUCAAAGAAAGUUGCCUUCCAUGUAGCCUUGGCUUACUACCAGUCAAAAAUUACUCACAAAGUUAUUUCCCUUAUUUCAGUUAACAUUAUGAAAACAAUUUAAAGUUUAAUUUUUGCUCAAUCCAACAUUUUUUGUAUAGUUUUUACUGUUAUUUGUACUUUUGUUAUUUUUCCAGAAUGUUUAUAUAACUCUUUUCAUGGGAAAGCAAUAAUUUCGAUCAGCAUUGAUAGAUAAGAUUCAGUUGUGAAUGGAUUCAGUAGGACUAAAUGCUGAAAUAACUUCAUGCAAUGUAAAUGAUGACAUGCCAAACUCUCACACAUUGCAAAUAUAACUUCACAUUCUACAAGAGCGUCAUUAAUAGUUCUGAAUUUAUUAGCAUCGCUAAACACAAAAGGUGAAAAGUACUGUGAGGGUUUUUGAAAGUUUUCGUUUAGAGUUAUUUCCCUUGAACUUUGAAAUCUUGUUCGACAUGUGCUAUAACUUGCAACAACAAUGUUACAAACAAGUAUUAUUUUGUUCUGAUAUUAAUAAAUUGUUCUUUGUUUUGAUUUGAUUGAAAAGUUUAAAAGUUAAAAAAAAAAAACAUGACAAUUAAAUGC